AUGAGAGGAUUCCUAUCACUUGUAAUCUUAUUAUUAUUGGGAGUUGUUGCAACCAAGCACCACGACUGGGUUUCAUCUAAGAAGCAUAUUCUUUCUAAGAAACUUAAUGAAAUCGAAAGAAGAAUAGACGAUUUCAGAGAAGAGCACCCAGAAAUCGAAGACAGCGUCAGAAAUGAAGUUGAAAAGCUCUCAAGUAAAGUUGAAAAAGAUCUUUCCUCUUACACAGAUGAAGUUGAAAACUUUGCUGAAUAAUUCGAAGGUAAAGUUGAGAAAGCUGUAAAGUAAGAGAAAAAAAACCAUGGACACAAAAGAAAUGAGCAAAAAGCAAAUCAAGCUCAUCAUCUUAAAGAUGUUGAGAUUGGUGUUUUCACUCCAGAUUAAAUUGAUUAUACUGGAUCUAGAACCAUUGAGAUUAGCUAAUCCUAUGAUAAUGUUAAAGAAAAGAAACUCGAUAUCCCACCUAUGUGA